AUGCACCAAGGUGGCGGCUCGGUACAGUCAGGUACUCGCCGGCCCCUGCUCCGCGUACGCCUGUCCCUGCCAUCCGCUGAGCCGUGCGAGCGGCCCGCGUCAGGCCCCUUCCAACAGCACUCUGGUGGGUGCAAAUGUACUUUCCUGGAGCUGAGGCGGCUCAAGGGCCUGUCCCCAGCGACAGCUAGGCAACUGUUCGUGGCGGCCGUGGCACCAACGAUGGACUAUGCCUCGAACGUCUGGAGAUAUAGGUGCAGAGCAGCUCAAAUGAGGGCUAUCAAUAGAGUGCAAAGAAUUGGAGCCCAGGCUAUCGUGGGAACCUUCAACACGGUAGCCACAGCAGUGGCUGGAGCGGAAGCCAGUAUACAGUCAGCCCAGGAACGGUUCGAUAGGAAAGCGACUAAGUUCUGGGUGCGUCUGCGAAGCCUGCCCAAGAACCACCCGCUCCGGCGUUUGAGAACCCAGAGCUUCAAAAGACACAUAUCUCCUUUCCAGAAGAUGGCGGCAGUCUACUACGACAUACCCGUAGACAGGUUGGAGACCAUCGACGCGUUUCCACUCUCGCCAUGGGAGGAACGAACACACGCAAUCGUCGAGGAGGAGGGGAGAAUGGCGAGCAAGGCAAUUGAAACCGGAUGGGCACUCAGAGUGGCGACAAGUAGCUCGGCAAGGAACGAAAUCGUGGGUUACGGGAUAGCGACAAUGCUUCCCCUAUCGCACAGGGGAGGCGGCUCGACGACGACAGUAUCCACUACAAUUGGCCCCAGAACAGAACAGAACCCAUAUACGGCAGAGCUUGCAGCAAUAGCAAGAGCAUUAGAGUCGCUCGCCAAUAGGGUUCAGCAUCUCGUAGUCUAUGUGUUCUCCCGCAACAAGGCAGCCGUACUGGCAAUCAGGAACCCUCGACAACAAUCGGGCCAGCAAGAAAUCCGUCGCAUACACAACGCCGUUGAGGCUCUCAAGAGCAAGGGCAACAGAGCAUCGCUCCUCUGGCUUCCAAAAGAAGCCAGUUAG